GACGUCAUUAAAGAAGUUUACAUAACCCGCUAGAAGUAGAACACAAGAGAAUGAGACCAUUCCAAUGAAUGAAACGUGACCCUGCUUCAAUAGCGUGUACUUAAGUAGGUACGUACAAAUUGCACAGAGUAUACGUGCAAUACAGAGCGCGCUUCAUGGCCGCUCUCCAACGAUUCGCCGCGCCGUUUCCUCGCUGCGCUAACGGUAUAGAGUAGUCUCGCUCACUCGCGGCCGACCGCGAUUACGGGCAAUAAACAGGUUGUCUCUGCGCAGGGCUACUCUGUUGAUUUUAGUUCGUGUUAUUGCCACGGGUUUAGGAGUGCCGCCUGUGUCGCCGCAGCGGCCAUUUUCUUCUCUUUCUGCUGCGCUGUCAGUGUCCCAACAGCCGUGCGGGUGGACGCUUGUCUGGCGCUGUUUGUCAUCUUCUUGAUUACUCUCCCUACUUCUCGAUUCUCUUGUUCAAGGGCAUCUGAGGGUGUACAUUCCACUCCAUGGCCCCGGACAUGAAAUAAUAAAUUACGAUGCAAUUGAUUUUAGAAACUGAAGCUUCUGUAGACUUAAAAACAAAGAUGUCUCUUACUGACAAUGUGGAAAAAGCCGUAUCGGACAUUCUGAGUGGUGUCCAAAAUAAUGAAAAAGAAGAGAAUAAUGAAGCAGUCAAAGAAACUAAUAUUAGUAACGUGCACAAGAUAGACCAAAUAAAUAAGGCCGCGCCUAUUGACACAGAUAAAGAUAUAGAAAAGAAUGGUGAUGCUACGAUCAGCGAAAAUGACAUCGAUACUUCAAAUGAUUGUAAUACUACAAAUAAUUCCAAUGGAAACAAUUCCUCCAAUAAAGAAGUUAUUGAAAAUAUUGAAGGACUUGCGCAGCCUCAUGCUGAAAAGAAUGUUAAAUGUGAGAAUACUACUAUUGAGGAAAACCACAUAGGGCAUGAUAGUAAAUCUAACGAAACUGAGGCUAAUUGCGACGGUGCUACAAAUGGCCUAAAUGAACACAUGAGUGAAAUUAACAUGGAUGCCAUAGAACCUGUUGACACGGUUUGCAAUAAUAUUGAAACAGAAGCGACAAAUAUUGAAGCAAGUCGUGACGAAGGCAUUAAUAAAAAUAGCCAUCCUUGUGAUAUUGAGAAUAUUAAUCAAGAUAUAAUUGAUAAUACUGAAUCUGUUACAGACGAGUCUAGCAAUAAUAUUGAUUCAAAUAUUAAUCUUAAUGAAGAAGUGAAUAUCAAACAAGAAAUUACUGGGAAUACUGAAUCUGUUACAGACGAGUCUAGCAAUAAUAUUGAUUCCACUAUUAAUCUUGAUGAAGAAGUGAAUAUUGAUUCAAAUAUUAAUCUACACGAAGAAGUGGAUAAUAAACAAGACGAUAAAGAAACACCAAUUAGCGAUGACAUGAAUACGGACGUAUGUGAAGACAGUCUCAUAAAAAAAGAAAUAGAAGAUACUAGUAGUCAAGAAAAUAAUUCGAAAUUAAAUUCAAUUUCUGAUAAAACAGUUGAUAUUCCUGCGCAAUCUGAAUUGGAUGACAGUGACUUAAAAUUAUCUCAUAUCGAGACAGAAAUACCAGAAAAUGCACCUGCAUCUGAAGAAAAAGAAACUAUGGAAACAGAUAAUGCUAAGGAUGAUGAUGAUGCAAGUGAAGAACAUAUUGAUUUUAUACGCUCAGAAGCUAGUGAUAAUUGUGAUAAAAUGAACGAUGCUGAUAUUACCGAUGAAGCUGAAAAGGAAGCAUUAAGUACUAAUAACGCAGAGGAAAAUGACAGUUUGAACACUAAUGAUGUGAUAAGUAUGGACGUUGACGCAAAUAUGACUGCUUGCGAUGAAGACAAAAAUGAAAUAGAUUCUAUUAUAACACCGGUUAGUGCUACUGAAAUUAUUAAAUCAAACGUUAAAACAAAUUUACCGAUUAAACAGAACGUUUCGCAACUUGAUGAUAACAAGAACUCCGAUAAAGAAAUCGUUAAUUUAGAUGACGAUAAAGAUAAAAAUAAUGAACCUGAAGUGGUUGAAACGGAGUCCACUGUAACAAAAGCUGAUGAUGACGAACCUAUCUUAAAUUGCGAUGAUCAAACUGAGGUAACAGACAAUGUAGAAAAAUCAUUAAAUGAAGAACAAAUGUCAGUUGAUGACAUUAUUGAUUUAGAUGAGCCAAAGGAGUCACAGGACUCGCCAGACGAAAAAAGAAAAGACGAAAAAGAAAAUAUCAAUAAGGCGGCAAGUGAAAACGAUAAACCAGUAGAACCUGUUUUGAAAUUAUCAAAUACAUUAGACAUUUUAUCUGACGAUGAGGAGGACCAGGCGCCCAAAAGUUCAAACACUGAUAAUAGUGACAACAAGUGCAUUAACAUUGAAGAUGAUGAUGAUAUCAUGCUAAUAGAUGACGAUACAAGUGGUAAUGAAAGUAAGAAUGAACCUAUUAAAGAGCAAGAAGUCGAAAAGCAGAUAGAGUCAAAACCUGCAAGUCCGGCUGAAAGUGAAAAACUAACUGAAGAUAGCAAAAGUAUAGAUAAAGUAGAAGAUGAUGUUGUUGAAAAAGAUGCUCCAGUCCCAGACAAAGAAGUCACAGUAUCUACAACGUCACCAGACAUCAGUGAAAAAACUGAAGAAAAUAUGUUAGAAGCUGAAAUAAAGAAACCAUUGGUUCCUGAAAAUUUCCUAAAAACUUGCAAAAAGAAUUUAGUAGACAUGACAAGGGACGAGCUAGAAGAAUUUUGCAUUCUAAAAAUUGUCGAAAGCAUCUUGGACAGAAGCAAUUUGAGUGAGAUCAAAAACAAACUUAAAACGUUAACACAAAAUCUAGAGGAAUACAAAAAAAAAGCAAUGAUGCUUCAGAAACAGAACAGAGAUCUCCAAGUGGUGUUCAAGUCUGUACAGGAAGACGUAAAGAAAGCGAGUGACGCGCCAAUAGUUCCCUUGAAAAUAACGCGGUCUGUUGGCAUGCAGGUACUUAUGUCAGAUAAAACGGAUAAAAGAAGGAGGCCUGGAAUCGGUAUGCCUAAUAAUUUUGUUAAUAACAAUAACAAACAGGUGCGGAAUCCUGUAGCGCAAGGCCCGCGACCACAGAAGCCCCCUACGCAGCCCAUUCCAGUACCACGACUCGUCCCAGCAAGUCCAGCUAAAAAUUCUCCUCAACAACAGGUCAACCCAAACAAAGUAACAAGCCCACUUCCCAAUGGGGUUAAAAGCGUGUCUCCCGUACAGAAAGGCGAGAAACGGACGCACAAUAGAAUGCAAUCCGUAACUGUAGAUUUAACGGACGAUGAGCCUCCGACGAAGAUGGUGAACCGGACGGGGCCAAUGCCGCCCGUUAGACUUGUCCCAUCGCAAAACCUACUAGCUGCCCCUAGGACUCCAGGCGUGAACAGCCCUAGAAAAGUAUACAUACCUAUUAGCGGACCUCAAGGUCAAAAUGUCAGGCCUGGCCAAACGAUCAUGCUAAAAACUGUUCCAACUCCCGGGCCAAGACAAAGAACUGCACCUCCUCAUAUGGUCAGGAUGCCGCAAGGAGCGAUGCGGAUGAAUCGACCACAAGGUUUAAGACAUCCAGCCCCGCUACCGGAAUGUAUGAAACAAUACCAACCACCCAACUGGAAGGCGUUGCCUCCAGCGCCCGACCUGAAGCUUGCUAAAGUAGAAAACGGGAUUGUAAUAUCUUGGAAAAUAGAAGGAUACCAAGAAGACAGUUAUGAAGAAAUAGCCAGUUACCAAUUGUAUGCUUACCAGGAAACAACAUCUCCACCUAGCACAGCUUUGUGGAAAAAAAUAGGAGAUGUAAAGGCCCUGCCGUUGCCAAUGGCGUGUACUUUAACUCAGUUUAUGGCAGGAUAUAAAUACUACUUUGCCGUUAGAGCGGUCGACAUUAGAUCCCGCCUUGGACCAUUCAGUUUGCCUGGAAGCAUUCUGCUUUUAAAUAAAAUGUAAGACUGAUCCAUUCUUUUUAUUCUGGUGCUGCAAGCAGUGGAUGAAUAUGCCAAGUGAUUUGUGGACUGAUAUUGUUUGCAUUAUUUAUUUUACUCAAAAGUGUACAGUGCGGUGUAGUGCCGUUUAUAAAUAAGAUUUGUGUAAGUUCUAGUUCUUAGGUUACUCUAGAAAUAGCCAGCAUCGAGUAUAUGCUGUUGAUCUCUUGGUUAUACUGGUAUAAUAAUUCAAAUAAUAAUGUGCUUAGAUAGAUAAUAUUUGUAACAAGUUUUACGUCAUCUGACUAUAAACUUCACUAGACACAUUUUGUAACACGUUGUAUAUUUACUUCAACUAGGUACAAUUAUAAACUAAAAUGCUAACUGGUUUGAAUUAAAAUUUCCGGAAUUUAA